CAUUAUCUGGUUAAACUUAUUAACCCCUGGGCCGCAAAACUUUAAUUAGUUAACCCUGUGCCCGCUGGAAACUCGGAAUGCGAGUAAAUCAGGUUGAUGAGUGACUGACUGACUGGCUGGCUGACUAACCGACAGUCCGUUGGCUACCGGUUCACGGAGUUCGGACAACUUUAAUUAGAUCUGCAUAUGCAAUGAGGACUCGAGGGUUCGUUCCGGUAAACAGGUUAACGAACUGCCGGAACGGACAAGUGGCCAACAGUUUGCGUUUGGCGGCGAAAGGAUGCGCUGUCUGUGGAUUCUGAUUGUGGCUUUCAUAUCCCUGGCGAUGGCCACCUCAAUUCCCAUUCCCAUUGCCAACCCAGCACCACUCAGUGGAUAUGAGAUGCAACUGAAAAUAUUGCUACAGAAAAUCCUGUGGGUGGCCAAUGUGAAGAGAUGCUUUGCCGUCAUUACGGAUGAUCUGCAUUAUCCCAUAUACGAUCGAAUAUUUUUCGAAUCGGUGGGUCGACGAGUGAUACCCUUCUUUGUGAUGCGAACUAAUGAAAGUGAUGAUCUACAGCGACCUUCCAGACAAGUUGAACUCUUUGUUAAGGCCAUCAAAUCCAGUGAUUGUGAACUAAAUGUGAUCACCAUACUGAAUGGCUGGCAGGUCCAACGAUUUCUUGGCUAUAUAUACGAUAACAGAUCUUUGAAUAUGCAGAAAAAGUUUGUAUUAUUACAUGAUUUGCGACUUUUUGAGAGCGAUAUGAUUCACCUAUGGAGCGUUUUUAUCGAUGCCAUUUUCCUCAAAAGGCAGCUGGACAACAAGUAUACCAUUUCUACCAUAGCCUUUCCGGGCAUUUUAAGUGGCGUUUUGGUAAUGAAAAAUAUUGCUAAUUGGGAGUUGGGAAAAGGUCUGAAUGGAAGGAUUCUAUUUGCGGACAAAACAAGCAACUUAUUCGGAACCUCUUUGCCAGUUGCCAUUUCCGAGCACGUGCCCAUGGUUCUAUGGGCAAAUGCAACCAAGAGCUUCCAAGGAGUCGAGGUUGAGAUUAUGAAUGCCCUGGGCAAGGCACUUAAUUUCAAGCCCGUUUACUACAAGCCCAAUCAAACGGAGAAUAUGGACUGGACGGAGCUGGAUGGUGGUGCUAGUGUUGCCUAUGGAAGUGGUAAUCCGGAUGGAUAUGCACAGAAUGGGACACACAUUGACUCGAUGCUUGUGGAUGAGGUGGCUGCGCACAGUGCCCGCUUUGCCAUUGGGGAUUUGCAUCUGUUCCAGGUGUACCUUAAAUUAGUGGAGCUAAGUGCGCCGCAUAAUUUCGAAUGCCUGACCUUUCUCACACCGGAAUCGUCGACGGAUAACUCCUGGCAGACCUUUAUCCUGCCCUUCAGCGCUGGAAUGUGGGUGGGGGUGCUGCUCUCCCUUUUCGUGGUGGGCACUGUUUUCUAUGCCAUCAGUUUUUUGAAUGCCAUUAUCAACGGCAAUGUGUCCUCUGAGUUUUUUCGUUGCCUACGACCAAAUCGCAACGUGCCCAUGGAUCCAAAGAUCUAUCGUCGCAUUAGUUUUCGCAUUGCCAUCAGUCGGUAUCGUUCAUCUAAAGGAGAUCGAAUGCCUCGCGAUCUUUUCGAUGGCUAUACCAACUGCAUCCUGCUCACGUAUAGUAUGCUCCUAUAUGUGGCCCUACCCCGAAUGCCUCGAAAUUGGCCCCUGAGGGUACUCACUGGUUGGUACUGGAUCUACUGCAUCCUCUUGGUGGCCACAUAUAGGGCCAGCUUCACUGCCAUUUUGGCCAAUCCAGCUGCCAGGGUCACUAUAGACACACUGGAGGAUCUGCUGCGAUCUCAUAUACCGCCAUCCACCGGGGCAACUGAGAAUAGACAGUUUUUCCUGGAGGCCAAUGAUGAGGUUGCUCGAAAAGUUGGCGAAAAGAUGGAGGUGUUCGGCUACAGCGAUGAUUUGACCUCUCGCAUAGCCAAGGGACAGUGCGCCUACUACGACAACGAGUUCUAUCUGCGCUACUUACGAGUGGCAGACGAAUCCGGAUCAGCUCUCCACAUCAUGAAGGAAUGUGUCCUCUAUAUGCCCGUAGUGCUGGCCAUGGAGAAGAACUCGGCUCUGAAGCCACGGGUAGAUGCCUCCAUUCAACAUCUGGCGGAGGGUGGUCUGAUAGCCAAGUGGCUCAAGGAUGCCAUAGAGCAUCUACCGGCGGAGGCACUUGCUCAACAGGAGGCCCUAAUGAAUAUUCAAAAAUUCUGGAGCUCUUUUGUGGCCUUGCUGAUUGGUUACGUAAUCUCAAUGCUUACACUGCUCGCUGAAAGAUGGCAUUUCAAGCACAUAGUUAUGAAACAUCCCAUGUAUGAUGUGUACAACCCAAGCUUGUAUUAUAAUUUUAAGCGAAUAUAUCCGCAGCAUUAAUGUCAAGGUUUCUGCCUAGAAAUAUAUAUAUUUUUUUUUGCACAUCAC